AUGGGUGGUGUGCUGAUGGGUGGUGUGCGGAUGGGUGGUGUGCUGAUGGGUGGUGUGCGGAUGGGUGGUGUGCUGAUGGGUGGUGUGCUGAUGGGUGGUGUGCGAGGAGAGAUGGAAAAAGGAGAGGUGCUGAAGAGAAAGAGAACAACAGAUUUGCGGAGAGAGGGCUACACAGUGCAGGUGAACGUGAACGACUACCUGGACAUCUACUGCCCACACUACAACACCACUCAGCGGGGCCCCGCCGAGCAGUACGUGCUCUACAUGGUCAGUUACCGCGGCUACCGCACGUGCGACCCGCAGCUGGGCUUCAAGCGCUGGGAGUGCAACCGUCCGCACGCGCCCCACGCGCCCAUCAAGUUCUCCGAGAAGUUCCAGCGCUACAGCGCCUUCUCCCUGGGCUACGAGUUCCAUGUAGGCCACGAGUACUACUACAUCUCUACGCCCACACACCACCAUGGCCGCAGUUGCCUACGACUGAGAGUCUACGUCUGCUGCUCCACUGCUCCACAUGUUGAGGACGAUCCCUUCCAGCCUACUGAGCCAGACUUCACACUCAGACCCAGUAUAAAAAUCCAGGACCUAGAUGAGUAUAACCCAGAGGUUCCGAAGCUGGAGAAGAGCGUCAGCGGGAGCAGCCCAUCCCGGGAUCAGCUCCUACUCACCGUGGCAACGCUGUUCCUCGCCGCCCUCUCCGUCUCCUAGCAACCGCCUCCCUGCCAUUGCCACGGCGCCCAGACCCCGGAAAUCAGAUGCUGGAAGCGGUCCUGGGGCGGGUGCAUGGAUGGAUGGAUGGAUACAUUGAGAGAAAAUGGAGGAGUGGAGGGAGAGACUAAAAGACUCCAAUGAAUGAAUAAAUGGAUGGAUAGAUGGAUGGAUAGAUGGAUUGAUAGUGGGGACAAGAGGCCAGAGAGUGGACCGUGUGGAGAGAGCUGGACGAGGCUGGACUAUGGAUGGACAUGUCCGUAGGGUGCUCAUGUGCUUAGUAGCAGCGUGGACAGUGUGUCUUGCUGGACUCGCACACCUUUAACUUGCUCAGUGUGUGAUGCAUUAGAUGCCUUUCUCUGUGCCGUUUGUAUGUGUGUGUGUGUGUGUGUGUGAGUGUAUGGUGAGCUGUGUGUGCUUGUGUGUUUGCCUGUGUGUGUACGGAGGUGUUUAUGUGUGUGUGUGUGUGUGUGUGUGUGUGUAUGUGUGUGUUUACUUGCCAAAACCAUAGCAUCAUGUUGCAGAGUAAGCCUCUGCCCCCCAUGCCUUACCCCCUCUGUCUUUCUCUCACACACACACACACACACACACACACACACACACACACACCCACACACACACACACACAGACACACAGACUCACAAUUACAUUGGCAGCUCAGAUUGUCAGAUUGUGGAGUGCAAAGGGAUGUCACUUUUGUCUGAAUUGGUGUUUAUAGAAACUGUCAUCAGAAUGAUCAUUCUCUCCAUGGUCCAGUUCCAUCCUAUAAAUGACCAAAUAUAGCUUGACUAUUCUGUCCAUGGUCCAUUUCCAUCCUAUAAAUGACCAAAUAUAGCUCGACUUUUGCCUUGUAGACAUUCUAUUGGAUGCUUUACAUCUGCAGUCAUGUAGUGCCUGCAACCGCCAUCCAGUGAUGCACUACUUUAUUUUUAGUGGGGCCAGAGAAUGGGUGUCAUCCUUGAAGGAAGCUGAAGCUUCCACCAGCAAACCAGACAGUAAAGACAAAUAAAAUGUUACUUUGAUUGAUUUUGCAGUUAAAUGCAAAUCUGUUAUGGUGCCAUGCCAAGGGGCUGGGAGAGACCCAGAAAAAGUAGUAAAUAUUACAGCUGUGUGAAAAAAUAUCUCGAUAUUUUAUGGGAUUUUGUUGAUAACGAUAAUUAGGCGAUAUCUUUUUGAUAGCAAUAAAUAGGAUUAAGAUUAUCGUAGACGAUUAAAAAUUGCACACCCCUACAUAAUACAUCAGCACAUCAACAGGUGCACAACACACAGAUACACACAGUCUCACACACAUUGAAUCAGUGGAUGCCUUUUGAACAUGACCCCACAAUUAUGAGCAAAGAUGAAUAUACACAUCAGCAAGAUUGCUAAAUAUGAUGAUGACUUUGGUUUUGUGUGCCUGUUAGUGUGUGUGUGUGUGUGUGUAUGUGUGUGUAUGAAUGUGUGGGUAAAUCUCAAAAUAAAAAGCAUUUCUUUGAGGCCAGCACACAUCUGUAUCAUCUUGUACUAAGCUACUAUAACCAAGCAACCCUUUGUCAUGAAUGUGGACUUCACUAUCAGGUGGAGAAGAUGUACAUAAACCCUUUAUAUAUAUUUUUCUUUUGAAUCAUUCGAUUGGACGAUUGUAUUUCAAUCACUCCUCCCUCUCGACCGUUGCCGUGGACGACACAGCUUGUUGAUGGAUCUGGGAGCUGUGGGGAGAACUUUCGAUGCCAAACCAAUCAGAUUGCUGGACUGGGUUGCUAUAGCUACAAACACUUAAUUUCAAUCCCUCACCAGUGUCUUGUUUUUCAGAUGGACUUUCAUGGUUGUAUUCAUGCUACUAAAUGAAGGGUUAUGACCCAUAGUAACCAACAGCUUGUAGGUGAUGCAUUAUCAUGCAAGUAUUAUGAAUAGUGAAGAGAGAGAGAAUGAGGAUGGCAGGUGAAAGGCAGCAGCGAGUUUUGAAAAGUUUGAUUAUCUUUCACUCUCUGAACUUAAAAACAAAAACAAGUUGCCGUGAUGUUGCUAUAGGGAUCACCCACGGUGUUGUGAGCCUAUGAGCAGUAAUCUUCAAAGGCUCAAGGAACUAAGGGUCAUCACCAGCCUCAACAAAUUUGUACAGCAUAUUUGAUAUGGCAAAGUAAUCUCAGCUCCACUGCGGCAAGGCAACCUGGAACCUGAGGAAGCUGGGUGUUCUCAUGUUGAAUUCACAUUACUUUGCUACCCAGACAACUCACAACAUGAGAUGUGUAUGUGAGUUUACACCAUGUUGUUUUUUUCCUUGCAGUAAUUGCAGCAAUCAACCAUUGGUAUGUCAGGUGGUUGAACAGGUGGUUCAAACCAACAAUAUAAUGUAAACUCAAAGGUGUCGUCCUUGAUUAUGAUACAUUGUACUGCAGCAAAUGCAGAACAAAUCUCCUCACAUUCCUCCAGCAGUGUGUUUGCCAAAAAAUAAAAAAAUAAAUAAAGAUAACACACUCAUGCUCUAAGAUUGCUUCAGGAGCACAGCAAGGGGAGGUGUAUUUGAUUGGCUAUUGAGCUCAGAUAUUAACGUGCUAUCCCCAGGAUCAAGGACUACACCUUUAAGUGAUGUGGUUAAAGGUUUUAAUCCUGAUUCUGGUUUCGCUCAGGCAUUAAUAAGCAUUUAUUCUCUGUUGUUUUGACGCCCUGUUGGUCUGAGUGACGAAGGCUAUCAAAGUGCUUUAGAGAUGAGAGGGGUGACAGUGGUGGUGGUGUUGGGGAGGGUCCUUAACUCAGGCCUUACACUCCCCACACCCCCCCCCCCCCCCCCCCCUCACAGCACAUGGACGGGUUCAGUACUGUGUUUAGUCCCCUUGAUUAUCUGAUCUAUUUUAGAGCGUUAGAGGCUAGCGUCUCAUUUUAGAGCGUUAGAGGCUAGCGCCUCAUUUUAGAGCGUUAGAGGCUAGCGCCUUACCCACCAACUGCAAAGGAGCAGCACUACAGAAUAAACAUGAUCUUCACAACCUUCAGAACCACAUAGCAGGGCAGAGCAGCAACAAAUGCAGCUUACUUAUCUAGAUCAAACACACACACAUACGCACACACACACACACACAUGUUAAGGCUACUGAUGACCAACUGUCAGUGUCACUUCUUUAGUACUGUACUGUAAUGUGGCCGUUUUGUGUGUGUGUGUGUGUGUGUGUGUGUGUGUGUUUGUCCAUGUGUUUGUGUGUGGGUGUGUGUGUGUGUUUGUCCAAGUAUGUGUGUGUGUGUGCACAGUACUGCAGAAAAUAAACUGUAGCCUCGCAGGACAUAAGGACUAAAAAGGAAAAAAAGUAUUUUGGACAGAAAAAUAUGAACACAUAUACAAUACUUUCAGAUGAACAUUAAUAAUAGGAUAUUACUUGGAUUCUUCUUCUCUCUAUCUCUCUUUCUUUCUCUCUGUCUUUCUCUUUAAAAAUUAACAUAUUGUACAGUUGUCAGAGCUGAUUGUGUGUUUGUCUGGUGUGAUCAGACUUCUCAUCGGUGGCAGCACCACGUGUUUCUUGCAGACUCUAGAGGAAGUGAAAUGGAUGAGGUGAGGAAUACUGAACCAUGGGAAGUCACAUAAGCAUUUAGACAGAGUUUUACUCAAACUUUGUUUGUCUUUAUGAGUUAUUGUUGAUAUUUUAGUGUGUGUGUGUGUGUGUGUGUGUGUGUGUGUGUGUGAAUUUGGGAUGUAUGUGUGCAAAUUUUGACUGUAUUUUGAAUUGAUGGAAAUUUUCUGAGGAGUGCUUCAGAAACAUUGGAGAUAGUCACUCUUUAAACAUUGCACUUAAAAUAAGUUGACACGAGUGUGUAAUUGUGUGUGUGUGUGUGGGGGUGUUCUGUAGUGUGGUAUGUUGAACAUUACUUAUGUGUUACAGGAGUUAAUUUCCUUUUUUGGAUGGAUGCAAGUUGAUUUGUGUGUGUCUGUAUGUAUGUAUGUAUGUGUGUGUGUAUGUGUGUACUGUACGUGCGCCUGUGUGUGAGAAUGGUGUCCACAUGUAGGAAAGUGUGAAAGUUUUUAUUUUAUUAACAUUACGUACAAAUGUGUGUGAUAAACGAUUGUUUUGUUGAGUGUAGUCCAUGCAUGUGUGUGGGAGAGACUGGGGAAAAUGACAAGCAUUUAUUAGUGUUGGAAACAACCAAUUUACAAUCAUGUUUACUUCCGCUGGAAUGAAUUAAAGAACUUGAAUAAAAAAUUAGCUGUAAACUUAAACCAUAACAAAAAGAGUUAUAAUAAGAAUCAAACGAUAAAAAUGACAUGCUUUGGGCUCCUACUUUUAACAUGUUGCCUGUGUUUUUAUUCCGCAACACAUUUGUGAACACAUUGCUCUUAAACAUCCAUACUGGGAAUUACACACAAAUUCACAAUAGAAUUCACCAUAGAAAUUCACACAA